UGCCUUUAUGGCGCCAGCACAGCGAAGCCGCAGAAUAUUUUUUCUUCGGUGAUAUUAAGUUUUUUGUGUCUCAUACAGUACGUAGAUUGUGAAGUUUUUGCUGCAUUCUCACUAUGUAUUCCGCAGGUGCGCUGCAGAGAGUUCUAAUGGAGUCCCAGAACCGAUCGUUAACCGCCGGGGACGUCAUUGUCGAGUGUGAUCCGUGGAUUUGGUCAUUCGACUGGGGAAAUGAAGAGAAAUUUUGCGCUGGUUGUUUUCGAUCCCUUCCUUCUUGCAGACUGCAGGCAUGCUCUGGAUGCCAGACAUACCGAUACUGCGAUGAAAGUUGCCAGAUUCAACACUGGAGAAACGAGCACAAAACGGAAUGCUCUCUGCUUCAUCGCAUUUCCGCGUACCAUCAAGCAGUCGGUCCCGAAGCAAAUGAGUUCAAUAGCGUAUUUGCGGCGGACAUAAUAGUCACCCUUAAAAUCCUUAACAAAAUCAGUGUAAGAAAUAUUACGGAAAGCUGCCAAAACAAUAACAUCUUAUCACAUCUCGUCUGCCGGCCAAGAUUGGUGAUUCUACAGUAGAUCUGUUAAAUUUUCCUCAACCUGUGUCCAUGCAGAAAUCCCGUAAAGAAGACAAAGAGGAUGAACUGGUCCAGAGAAUUAUUCAACUGCUCACAGCGGACAAAGAUAAUCUCUCUUCUGGGCAAAGGAACGCCAAUAAAGAGUGGUAUAAAAUUUCGAAAUUACAGUAGCGUAUUAUUUAUUCAAUGUAUAUCUGUAUAUACAUUGCUAAAGGUCAUGCAUUACAAGUUUUACUAGGUUUCAAAGACUGAGCCGGAAACCGCGCUUUCGCGGCUUGUUAGCAGCAGCCUUUCCGGAACAGCCUAAUAUCACUUGUGACCCUUGGUUUGGUCGCAGUAUCGCGGACAUUCAUAGCAGAGUCUGCAGUCGCAUGUUGACAAUCGUUGACCAUACCCCUGAUCACGUGUCGGAGUUUCCGUGGAAGCGGAUUAUUUCCGGGUGUCGACGGAAGCCGUCUGAAUCCAGUCUGCUCGGAUGAUAAUGCUGUGGUGAUGUUCAAAGGCAAACACCUGCGAAUGAUUGCGCUACAAGACAUUCCCUAUUACACUGGAUUGCACGAUAUACGAACUUGCGAUCAGUCUCGUUUUGCGUUGAAAUGGCCAUUGCAACAGCGCCAAGAAAUGUUUGUCAAAGAUUAUAGCCUCGUAUGCGACUGUCGCAAAUGCACACCGGCAUACGAAGCGGAAAUUAAUCCCAUGAAAUGCAUCACACCCGGUUGUCCGGAGCGUAUACCUAGCGAUGAGCGCGCUGCACUGGCGUGUCCACAUUGCGGUGCUAUCAACGAAGCUAGUUUGCUAAAGUAUAAGAAAUUCAGGAAAAAACACGGGAAAGUGUUCAACGCAAUGGCCCGGCCGUUUCCUUCUGGUUACGAAAGCGACGGAAUGGAGCUGAUGCGCGAACGUCUCUGCUUUCUGGACGAUCUGGAUCACGCUGAUAUUCUGCACGCCGAUUCCCAUCUUCGCUUUAUUAUUGGAUGGGACGUGGCGCGCUGGUGCGAGGAUACUCGCCGAUUUGAGCGGGCAGCGCAGCUAUACCGUGACAUGGUUCCGUGUCUUCGGAUAAUAUAUCCCAAGUAUCAUCCUCAUUUGGCGAAAUAUCUGCACCAGGCCGGACGUUUUGCUAAGGGAUGGUAUCAGUUUUCGGAUGACAAGUAUUUUGCAGUACCGGUGAUAAAGCCAGCGAUGUUGGAAGCGGUUCACUGGUUAGCCGAAUCGUACAAGAUUUACGCGCAGCUGCUGGGAGAGGAGUGUGAUGUAGCUUGUGAAAUCAUGGAUGAAAUAGAGAAGACAGGAGACAUGUAUCAUCAGCUUUUGCGAACCGAGCAGCUUGAUGUGGACUUGGACUAAAGUUAAUUUCCGUUACUGCGAUUAAUUUAGUUUUGUAAAAAUUGUAAGUAGGAGUACGUAUGCACUGCAUAAUAUGAAAUUACGUACGUCCGUUUGAUUGAGUUAGCAUAACGGCCAUGAAGACUGAUAUAAUAUUUUUACAAUAAUUUGAAGUCGUGUGUGUAUAAUUAAACGAAA